CUUUAAUUAUACGCGUAACAAUAUACAAUUCCCUCUCAAUACACAAAUAAUAUACGAGCGCCCAGUAUUCGUCACUAUAAAUACCCCGCUCUCCAACUUUGGCCACCACUCACACAAAUUUCACGUUUCCUCUCAAAACUACAAUAGAACAAUAAGCUCCUUCAAAGACUCUCCAACACAAUGGCUCUCUCCAAGCUUGUGAUGGCUUCCCUCCUCUUCUCACUACUCGUCCUUCAGCUCGCCCAUGCUGAUUACUCCCCUCCAUCAAUCGAUUGUGGAGGCGCUUGUAAAGCUAGGUGCCAGUUAUCCAGCAGGCCGAACCUGUGCCACAGGGCUUGUGGGACUUGUUGCCGCCGAUGCAGCUGCGUCCCUCCGGGAACCGCCGGCAACUACGACAAGUGCCCUUGUUAUGCAACCUUGACCACCCACGGCGGCCGCCGCAAGUGCCCUUAAUUUUAAUACGAAGUAGUACGAUGAUGAUGUGUGGUUGCUUUCCCUUUGGCAUAUAAUAAAACGGAUGUGGGUCAAAUAAAUAAGAAAUCUUGUAAUAGUUGCUGAUAUAUGUCUAUGUCAGCAGGUUUUUUUUUAUAGUGAAUAUCUGUCACUCUAUCAGGUUUCAAUGGAUGUUGAGAGGAUUGAAUAUGUAUCAUGUUUACUACUACUCUGUCAAGAAAUAUCCAGAGUUUAUUUUUACUUUUAUCUUAGCGCUAGAGUUCGUCACUUCAUCCAAUUAUUAACCUUUUUGGUUAUGGAA